GAGCGUGACAGUCGAGCAGAAACAACACAUGUAAGCAGCAGUUUGAGCUCUGCCACUCCGGCUCCUCUGCUGCAGAACUGCUUGGAGGUCGUCUGAAAGACGAGAAAACUUUGGAAACCAAAUCAGGCAAGUAGAUGAAUCAGUGUCCCGCACUGAAGCCUCAGUGUACACAAACCCAGGAUGUGAUGCCUCUCGUUGGAGACGACCAAGAGCUGGAAAUACUCAUUCAUGACCCAAGGAUAAAACAAAGUGUGAUAAGACAGACAGAUUGCUGUCUAUGCCGGGCUGACGCUGACGCUGAGUCGAGGUUGGUGCAGGCUUCCUGUUCUGUGGCUAAGCAGUUUUCAGUCUGCUGCUCUGCUGGUCUACUGAGACCCCAAGAUGUCAGCACGGUGUCCACGUCAACACUGAGGCCACCGGGGCAGCAUGGAGCUCGUGUCGGUGCAGUAUGACUUUGAGUACACCGCGAAGGACGGUCGCCUCGUGUCCAUCAAGCCGAAUGAAAGCUACAUCCUGGUCUGCAAGACCAAUGAGCACUGGUGGCACGUCCGCAAAGACCAGCACACCAGGCCCUUCUAUGUCCCCGCACAGUAUGUGAAGGAGCUCCCAUCGCUAACUGAAGGCUCUCCUGGUCCUGAUCCAGCGGAUUCACCUGAGCGCGUGACUAACAGGAAGCCGGUGGAUAACGUCACACCAGCAGCAGCAGCAGUGAUGCGAGAGUCAGCUCAGGGUGGCUCCAGAGAGACGUACCGGUUCUCCACUUUUGGGUUCUGUGAGGACAUGUCAGAUGUAAAACCCUGUGAGGCCCUGAAGGAAGGACUGACCCCCAGCAGCUCUGCACACAAGCUGGAUAAGACAAAUACGCACAGUGCAACAGAAGGGUUUUCAUUUAACUCAGCACCUCUGCAAACUGAUGACGAGCAGCUGUAUUCAAAACCUCAUCCUGUGUCAAAGGUCAGGACCAGACCACAGCUGUCAGACAGCUCACAGCAGGAUGAUCUGGUGGAGCAGCCACAGACCCUUCUGCACAAUGAGGAUAUGGACUUCCCUCCACCCCCUGACUUACCUGUAUACGACACCAUACCGGAGCUCAACAUCCCAGGAUAUGACACUUUUUCUGAGCUGCCGGAUCCUGUUGCUUCAAAUGACUCAUUAAUGUCCGAGCAGCGGCGUUUGAAUCCGACACCAGAGGCAACUUUUUCUCCAGAUCCCGCUGAGCAGGUGGAGAAUGAAAGUCUGCAGUCCGCCGUGUACGUUAAUGUAGCGCAGCUUCGCCAGAGCAUCUCCGAGUCUCACUCCUCGGCCCCUUCCUCCUACUCUCCUUCCUACCUUGACCAAGAGGGAUGGGAGGUGCAUGUUGACCAAGAGAGUGGACAGGAGUACUACUACCACCCCACCACGGGGCGCACCACCUGGGACAACCCCUUUCUAGACUCCCCCACUGACCCUGAGCUGCUCCCUGUGGAGGAGCCUUUUUCCCCCUCACCUCCUCUGUCUCCUGCCCUUUCUCCAUCCACUGCCUCCCCUCCUCCUGCGUGGACCUCAGACUGGGAGCAGUUGGUGGAUGAAACCAGCGGUCGCCCCUACUUCUACAACCCGAUGUCUGGCGAGACGUCCUGGGAGCCUCCAGAGCAGCUCAGCCCGUAUUCCCCUCUGAUGGAGCCUAUGAGUGUGCACAGGUUUCACGAGGACGGGCCGCCUCCUCUACCCGAGGAGGACUACCCCCCUGAGGAUUACCCAGCUGCCGAACAACCAGAGGUCCACGAGGAGCUCCUUGCCACGGGCCCUCCCACCCUCCCUAAAGAGUACACCCUGAGUCACGUGAGCCGGACCGUCAUCCCGAGGGCCAGCCUGGACCGCAGUACCCCACCUGGCUGGAAACUCACUGUGGAUCCCAACGGGACCUGGGUGUUCACCAGUGAACACUCUCCAGAUCAGUGGAUCAAAUCUGUGGAUGAUCAAGGGCAGACCUACUACUACCUGAGAGACGGCUCCAAGUCUCAGUGGCACCUGCCUGAGGCCCCUGGAGCUCCCGGCCUGUCCAGGUUGGAGAAUGGUAUCGGGGCAGACAAUACGUCAGUCAUCAAGAACUGGAGACACACCAUGGGACCUGCACAGCUCAGCUCAGCCCAGGAUGACGGGAGGUUCAUCCCAACUCACCGGAGGAACACGUCAGACUACAGCAGCGACAGCUCCAGCACGGGAAACUCUCCAGAGACGCAGCAUAACGUGCAGAACUUGGAGAAAGCCGGAAUUCUCAACAAAACAAAGGUGUCUGAGAACGGAAAGAAAGUGCGGAAAAACUGGACCCAGACGUGGACGGUUCUCCUCGGAGGAGUGCUGACGUUCCACAAAGACCCAAAGUCUGCAGCAACAGGGGCCUCGAACAAGACCAAUCAGAUUGUUCCAGAGGUCACGGUGGACCUGCGGGGAGCGACGAUUGGCUGGGCCUCGAAGGACAAAUCCAGCAAAAAGAAUGUUUUAGAGUUAAAAGGCAAGAACGGUGUGGAGUUUCUGAUACAGUACGACACUGAAAGCAUCAUCAAUGACUGGCACAAAGUCUUAAUGGACACUAUACGACAACUGGAGUACCAGGACCACCAUUCAGACGAGGAAGAGGGAGAGCUGUAUGAGAAGAUCGCGGAUGCAGCACGAGAUGACAAGUUUGGAGGCGGCGUGGACAAGCGACGACCCUCCAGGCCGAGCAUCACGCACUCAUCCAGCUCUGCGGGAGACACGGACCAGAAGAGGGUUCGGACCAAGCUGAUGAAGUUCCUCAUGAAGCGCCCCACGCUGCAGUCUGUCAAGGAGAAAGGCUACAUCCGAGACAAUGUGUUUGGUUGCCAUCUGGCCACGCUGUGUGCACAAGAGAGGACCACAGUUCCAAGUUUUGUGGAGAAAUGUAUCAAAGCAGUGGAAAAGAGAGGUUUAGACAUCGAUGGACUCUACAGAGUGAGCGGGAACCUUGCUGUCAUUCAGAAACUACGCUUCAAGGCAGAUCACGAGGAACUGGACCUGGAGGACGGUCAGUGGGAGGACGUUCACGUCAUCACCGGAGCACUGAAGCUGUUUUUCCGGGAGCUUCCUGAGCCGCUUUUCCCAUACAGCCACUUUAAUAAGUUCAUCACAGCCAUCAGAAUUCCUGAUUAUAACACAAAACUGUCUUGCAUUUAUGAGCUGGUCAACUCGCUUCCUCCUUCAAAUCAUGAUACCAUGAAACUCCUUUUUGGGCAUUUACGCAGGGUCAUCCAGUAUGGGGAAGACAAUCGCAUGACUGUUCAGAAUGUGGCGAUCGUAUUCGGCCCGACUCUGCUUCGGCCAGAGAUGGAGUCGUCCAACAUCACUAUGCACAUGGUCUUUCAGAACCAGAUCGUGGAGUUCAUCCUGAAUGAAUAUGAGCGUAUCUUCUACUCUAGCUAAAGCAGUCACAAACCUCCAGUGCAGACCUGGGCAAACGUCUGAAUGUGCUCAAGUUAUUUCAAGUGCUAGAUUUACUUUUGCAUGCACACGCACAGCUUCGGUGCUGUAAAAUAAGUUAAAGGGCUCUUCAAGUUUUCUUUGCUCUGAAUACUUGAGGUUUAACCGUGUAAAAAGAAUUAGAUAAAGGGAUCUUCAAAUGGUCUUUGCUGAGAAUAUUCGAAGCAUAUUUAACCAUCGUUUUGUCCAGUUGUUCUCCAUAGGAGGCUGACACUGUAACAACUAUCUAGCAGUAUUGGUGGAUUGGAAAUCCAGCCACACAGGUGUAAACAGGUGUGGUUUGCUUUCCCGCCUCAGAGCUACUGAGCUUGUUGCUUGGGUGGAACUGUGGUGGACUGUAUCACAUUGCUCUUGAGUCUAGCUGUCUUAAUCUCACAAGUCACUUUCUGGAGAUUUUAAUUGUUUAUUUUUUCGUUUUGUUUUGGUUCGUUUAAAUCGUAGUGAUAACAGGACCCAAGUCAACCCUGGACGGAUGCAUUAAUGCUCUCUUUAAGAAAUGAUCAAUGACUGCUUCCGUCUUUAUUUUAGAAAGUUUUAAUGAUGUUUAAAUAUUGUUCUGAAUUUGAAAUUGCAGUAUAUCAAAAAUGGAAGUAACUGAGAUUGUAUUCUAAUAUUGUGUUUUUGUUUUUCAGUCUUAUUUUUACCUAUGAAUUUUAUUGUAAUAUAGAAAUGUAUAAAAAGAAAUAUUAGUACCAACAUCUUGCUGUGAAGUAGAUCGUAACAUAGAAUACUUGUGCAACCUAUAGAUUAUUUUCCACUGAAUUGUAUAAUGCCAUUUUUCAAUCAUGCUGUACUUGAAGAAACUAUAUGAUAACACCCUAGAAAUAUAAACUAGCGAUAUAUAUUUUGACAUCUGGAAGUAAAAUCAGUCUGACCAUGAACCAUAAAAGUGGAUUCUAGAAGAGAUUUAUGACCUGUAAAUAGAAAUAGAUAGCAUAUUUAUGCUGAAAGCUGUAGAAAAUGCACAAGUUAUUCCAUAAUA